AAAACAGUGAACUGUUCAAUUCGUUAAAUUUGUUUUUUGUCGUCUUCUACUACGUUAUUUUGCCUCAAAAUUUGACUUUAUUUUAAUUUAAAAGUAAUCAUUCAUCAUGACAACUCCAGCCAGGCGUAGGAUUAUGCGAGACUUUAAAAAAUUACAAGAAGAUCCACCUGCUGGUAUCAGUGGUGUACCAACUAAUAAUAACAUUAUGAUAUGGAAAGCAGUGAUAUUUGGACCGCAUGAUACUCCGUUUGAGGACGGCGCAUUCAAAUUGAUCAUAGAAUUUACUGAAGAAUAUCCGAACAAGCCACCUACGGUUAGAUUUAUUUCUAAAAUGUUUCAUCCAAAUGUCUACGCAGAUGGAGGCAUUUGCCUUGAUAUAUUACAGAAUCGUUGGAGUCCUAUAUAUGAUGUAGCUGCUAUUUUGACAUCCAUUCAAUCUCUACUCAGUGACCCCAAUCCUAAUUCACCAGCUAAUUCUAUGGCUGCUCAGUUAUAUAAGGAAAAUCGCAGAGAAUAUGAAAAAAGAGUAAAGUUUUGUGUUGAGCAAAGCUUUAUUAAUUAA